CCCAAGAAAGAGCAGCAGUCAUCCUUCGGACAGAAAAGAUGUAGCUAAAUUGGUUUGAUCUUCCCGCUUCGAUCACAUGGAAUGGCCCUCCACUUGGACGCCUUGUUACAGAAAUGCGCUUCUCUCUAUCAUGUCAAGCAGCUCCAAGCUCAUCUUAUCACCACCGGUCAAUUCCAGUUCCACCCUUCUCGCACCAAGCUCCUCGAGCUUUGCGCCGUUUCACCCUCCGGCGACCUUUCUUUCGCCUGCGAAAUUUUCCGGCAAAUCAGAAUACCUUCCACCAAUGAUUGGAAUGCCGUUGUUCGCGGCCUAGCGCAGAGCUCUCUUCCCACACAAGCCAUCUCAUGGUUCCGCACCAUGUUGCGGAGGUCCCAAAGGGUGGAUGCUCUAACAUGCUCGUUUGUCCUGAAGGCUUGCGCGCGUGCCUUGGCUCUUUCUGAAGCCUCACAGAUGCAUUCUCAUAUUGUGCGUAUUGGGGUCGAAGCUGAUGUUUUGUUGCAGACCACUUUGAUGGACGUGUACGCUAAAUCGGGUGAUCUCGAUGGUGCACAAAAGGUGUUUGAUGAAAUGGGUUUACGUGAUAUAGCUUCGUGGAAUGCAUUGAUAUCUGGGUUGGCACAGGGGAAUCGACCCAAUGAAGCUAUGGCUUUGUUUAACAGAAUGAAGGAGGAGGGCUGGAAGCCAAAUGAAGUCACUGUUCUUGGUGCACUCUCUGCUUGUUCGCAAUUGGGUGCUUCAAAACAGGGUGAAAAUAUUCACGUGUUUAUAGUGAAUGAGAAGCUAGACAUGGAUGUGAUUGUUUGUAAUGCAGUUAUCGAUAUGUAUGCGAAAUGUGGGUUUGUAGAUAAAGCAUAUUCAGUCUUCAAUAACAUGAGCUGCAGGAAAAAUAUUAUUACGUGGAAUACAAUGAUUAUGGCAUUAGCAAUGAAUGGUGAUGGACAUGAGGCAUUGGAUCUUUUGAGUCAAAUGGCUUUAGAUGGAGUGCCUUCAGAUGCAGUAUCAUAUCUUGCUGCAUUGUGUGCCUGCAAUCAUGCUGGCUUAGUAGAAGAGGGUGUUAGCUUGUUUGAUUCAAUGCUGAAGUCUGGGGUGAAACCCAACGUUAAGCACUAUGGGAGUGUAGUUGAUUUGUUAGGUCGAGCGGGAAGGCUCAAAGAAGCUUGUGAUAUUAUACGCUCUAUGCCUAUGUUCCCUGACGAAGUACUUUGGCAGACUUUGCUUGGGGCCAGCAAGACUUAUGGGAAUGUGGAAAUGGCAGAGAUGGCGUCAAAGAAGCUGGUGGAAAUGGGAUCCAUCAGUUGUGGAGAUUUUGUGUUGCUAUCAAAUAUUUAUGCAGCUCAAAAGAGAUGGGAUGAUGUAGGGAGGGUGAGGGAAGCCAUGAGAAAUAGAGAUGUGAAGAAGGUGCCAGGAUUUAGUUACAUGGAAGUAGAAGGUGUAUUACACAAGUUUGUAAAUGGUGAUCAGAGUCACCCAGAUUCGAGGGAGAUCUAUGCAAAGCUGGAUGAGAUUAAGUUCAGGAUUAAAGCCUAUGGAUAUACAGCUGAGACUGAUCUUGUAUUGCAUGAUAUAGGAGAGGAGGACAAGGAGAAUGUUUUGAAUUAUCACAGUGAGAAGUUGGCAGUGGCAUUUGGUUUGAUUAGUACAAUAGAUGGAACACCAAUUCAAGUUAACAAAAACCUUAGAAUAUGUGUGGACUGUCAUGCUGUGAUCAAAAUUAUAUCGAAGAUUUAUAGUAGGGAGAUUAUUGUGCGAGAUAGAGCACGGUUUCAUAGAUUCAACCAGGGUCUAUGUUCUUGCAAAGAUUACUGAAAUUGGAACAAACGUUUUUCUCAAAAUUGCACCUCGAUCUCUGGUUGGCAAGCAGCAUAAUGACGAAACUGUUUGCAAUCGGGACCGAUAUGUCCCUGGUAAAUCAACAACUUGUACUCAUAAAGUUCUUAUACGUUCUGUCUUGCGUUUUGAUGAUCAGUUUACCAAAAUCUUUCUGCUAGUUUGGAACUAACUCUUGGUCCACUAACAGGAAAUUUCACGAUUAGCAAACUGCCGAAAUUUUGUGAUCA